CUGGGGAGGCUGGGGCUGGGAAAGCCAUCGAGGGAGGAGCUGCCGCCGCUGGCGCCCAGACUCUUCAGUGUGUGAGAGCGCGGAGGCUGCGUGCGGGCUGAUCGCUACCUCCCUGCGGAGUGCCGGAGCUCGAACCCCAGCCCUGGAAACCCAGAUCUACCUCCUCCUCCAUUUCCCUUCAGAAAAGGAUAGUCCUUGAAGUAAUAUCAACCAAACAUGGCAUAACAAGAUACAAUAAGAUCAGGCAUGAACCCUCCUAUCAAGGCUGGACGAGGCAACCCAGUUGGAGGAAUGUAAAGACAUCAAAAUGGAGCCAAGUAUGGAUGUGAAUUCAGUCACUAUCUCUGUUGAGGGAAUGACAUGUAUUUCCUGUGUCCGGACCAUUGAACAGAAGAUUGGGAAAGCAAACGGUGUCCAUCACAUUAAAGUUUCACUAGAAGAAAAAAGUGCAACUAUUAUUUUUGAUCCUAAACUUCAGACUCCAAAGACCCUCCAAGAAGCUAUCGAUGACAUGGGCUUUGAUGCUCUUCUCCACAAUGCUAACCCUCUCCCAGUUUUAACCAAUACUGUGUUUCUGACUGUUACUGCUCCACUGGCUCUACCAUGGGAUCAUAUCCAAAGCACAUUGCUCAAGACCAAGGGUGUGACUGGCGUUAAGAUUUCCCCUCAGCAAAGAACUGCAGUCGUAACCAUAAUCCCUUCUGUAGUGAGUGCCAGUCAGAUCGUGGAGCUGGUCCCAGACCUCAGUUUAGACAUGGGAACUCAGGAGAAGAAGUCAGGAGCUUGUGAAGAGCACAGCAUGCCUCAGGCAGGGGAAGUCAUGCUGAAGAUGAAAGUGGAAGGGAUGACCUGCCAUUCGUGCACUAGCACCAUUGAAGGCAAAGUGGGCAAGCUGCAAGGUGUUCAGCGAAUUAAAGUGUCCCUAGACAACCAAGAAGCUACUAUUGUUUAUCAACCUCAUCUGAUCACAGCAGAGGAAAUAAAGAAGCAGAUUGAAGCUGUGGGCUUCCCAGCCUUCAUAAAAAAGCAGCCCAAGUACCUCAAAUUAGGAGCCAUUGAUGUUGAGCGCCUGAAGAACACAACGGUCAAAUCCCCAGAAGGAUCACAGCAAAAGAGCCCAUCAUAUCCCAGUGAUUCAACAGCCACAUUCAUCAUAGAGGGCAUGCAUUGUAAAUCGUGUGUGUCAAAUAUCGAAAGUGCUUUAUCUACACUCCAGUAUGUAAGCAGUGUAGUCGUUUCUUUAGAGAAUAGGUCAGCCAUUGUAAAGUACAAUGCACGCUCGGUCACUCCAGAAAUGCUGAGAAAAGCAAUAGAGGCCGUUUCACCAGGGCAAUACAGAGUUAGUAUUGCAAAUGAAGUUGAAAGUACCGCCAGCUCCCCCUCCAGCUCAUCUCUUCAAAAGAUGCCUUUGAACAUAGUUAGCCAGCCUCUGACCCAAGAAACUGUGAUUAACAUCAAUGGCAUGACUUGUAAUUCUUGUGUGCAGUCUAUAGAGGGUGUCAUAUCGAAAAAGCCAGGUGUAAAAUCCAUCCAUGUUUCCCUCGCAAAUAGUACUGGGACUGUUGAAUAUGAUCCUCUACUAACCUCUCCACAAACCUUGCGAGAAGCAAUUGAAGACAUGGGAUUUGAGGCUCUCUUGCCAGACACGAACGAGCCAUUGGUAGUGAUAGCUCAGCCCUCAUUGGAAACACCACUUUUGCCCUCAACUAAUGAGCCAGAUAAUGUGAUGACACCAGUUCAUAGCAAGUGUUACAUACAGGUCUCCGGAAUGACUUGUGCUUCUUGUGUAGCAAACAUUGAACGGAAUUUAAGGCGAGAAGAAGGAAUAUAUUCUGUACUUGUGGCCCUGAUGGCUGGCAAAGCAGAAGUAAGAUAUAAUCCAGCUGUCAUCCAACCCCCAGUGAUAGCAGAGUUUAUCCGAGAGCUUGGAUUUGGAGCCACAGUGAUAGAAGAUGCUGAAGAAGGGGAUGGCGUUUUGGAGCUUGUUGUGAGAGGAAUGACAUGCGCGUCCUGUGUCCAUAAAAUUGAGUCUACUCUCACAAAACACAAAGGAAUCUUCUACUGCUCUGUGGCCUUGGCAACCAACAAAGCACAUAUUAAAUAUGAUCCAGAAAUUAUUGGUCCCAGAGAUAUUAUCCAUACCAUUGAAAGCUUAGGUUUUGAAGCUUCUUUGGUCAAGAAAGAUCGGUCAGCCAGUCACUUAGAUCAUAAACGAGAAAUAACACAAUGGAGAAGGUCUUUCCUUGUGAGCCUGUUUUUCUGUAUCCCUGUAAUGGGGCUGAUGAUAUAUAUGAUGGUUAUGGAUCACCACCUUGCAACUCUUCACCAUAAUCAGAGUAUGAGUAAUGAAGAAAUGAUCAAGAUCCAUUCUUCUAUGUUCCUGGAGCGUCAGAUCCUGCCAGGAUUGUCCAUUAUGAAUUUGCUGUCCCUUUUACUGUGUCUACCUGUACAGUUCUGUGGAGGCUGGUACUUCUACAUUCAGGCUUACAAAGCACUGAAGCAUAAGACAGCAAAUAUGGAUGUGCUGAUUGUGCUGGCAACCACCAUUGCAUUUGCCUACUCUCUGGUUAUUCUUCUGGUCGCAAUGUAUGAGAGAGCCAGAGUGAACCCUAUUACCUUCUUUGAUACACCUCCUAUGCUGUUUGUGUUUAUUGCCCUAGGUCGAUGGCUGGAACAUAUAGCAAAGGGCAAAACCUCAGAAGCUCUUGCAAAGCUAAUUUCACUCCAAGCAACAGAAGCAACUGUUGUAACUCUUAACUCUGAAAAUCUCCUCCUUAGUGAAGAACAAGUGGAUGUGGAACUUGUACAGCGUGGAGAUAUAAUUAAGGUGGUUCCAGGAGGCAAGUUUCCAGUGGAUGGCCGUGUUAUUGAAGGACAUUCUAUGGUAGACGAGUCCCUCAUCACAGGGGAAGCGAUGCCUGUGGCUAAGAAACCUGGCAGCACAGUGAUCGCAGGUUCCAUUAACCAGAAUGGAUCCCUCCUUAUCCGAGCAACCCAUGUGGGAGCAGACACCACCCUUUCUCAAAUUGUCAAACUUGUGGAGGAAGCACAAACAUCAAAGGCUCCUAUCCAGCAGUUUGCAGACCAACUCAGUGGCUACUUUGUUCCUUUUAUCGUCUUGGUUUCCAUUGCUACCCUCUUGGUGUGGAUUAUAAUUGGAUUUCAAAAUUUUGAAAUUGUGGAAACCUACUUUCCUGGCUACAAUAGAAGCAUCUCACGAACAGAAACCAUAAUACGCUUUGCUUUCCAAGCCUCUAUUACAGUUCUGUGUAUCGCAUGUCCCUGUUCCCUGGGACUAGCCACUCCAACUGCUGUGAUGGUGGGCACAGGAGUUGGUGCUCAGAAUGGGAUACUUAUCAAAGGUGGGGAGCCACUGGAGAUGGCUCAUAAGGUAAAGGUAGUAGUAUUUGAUAAGACUGGAACAAUUACCCAUGGAACCCCAGUAGUGAAUCAAGUAAAGGUUUUAGUGGAAAGUAACAGGAUGCCACGCAAUAAGAUCCUGGCCAUUGUGGGAACUGCGGAAAGUAACAGCGAACACCCUUUAGGAGCAGCUGUAACCAAAUACUGCAAGCAGGAGCUGGACACUGAAACCUUGGGUACCUGCACAGAUUUCCAGGUUGUACCAGGCUGUGGUAUUAGCUGUAAAGUCACCAAUAUUGAAGGUUUGCUACAUAAGAGUAACUUGAAAGUAGAAGAAAAUAACAUUAAAAAUGCAUCCCUGGUUCAAAUUGAUGCAAUUAAUGAACAGUUGUCAACUUCAUCUUCUAUGAUUAUUGAUGCUCAUCUCUCAAAUGCUGUUGAUACUCAUCAGUACAAAGUCCUAAUUGGUAACCGGGAAUGGAUGAUUAGAAAUGGUCUUGUCAUAAGUAAUGAUGUAGACGAUUCCAUGAUUGAACAUGAAAGAAAAGGUCGAACUGCUGUAUUGGUGACAAUUGAUGAUGAGCUGUGUGGCUUGAUAGCCAUUGCUGAUACUGUGAAACCUGAGGCAGAGCUGGCUGUCCACAUUCUGAAAUCUAUGGGCUUAGAAGUAGUUCUGAUGACUGGAGACAACAGUAAAACAGCUCGUUCUAUUGCUUCUCAGGUUGGCAUUACUAAGGUGUUUGCUGAAGUUCUGCCUUCCCAUAAAGUUGCUAAGGUGAAACAGCUUCAAGAGGAGGGAAAACGGGUAGCAAUGGUAGGAGAUGGAAUCAACGAUUCUCCAGCUCUGGCUAUGGCAAAUGUUGGAAUUGCCAUUGGCACAGGCACAGAUGUAGCCAUUGAAGCAGCUGACGUGGUUUUGAUAAGGAAUGACCUUCUGGAUGUUGUGGCAAGUAUUGACUUGUCAAGGAAGACAGUCAAGAGGAUUCGAAUCAAUUUUGUCUUUGCUCUAAUUUAUAAUCUGGUUGGAAUUCCCAUUGCUGCUGGAGUUUUUCUGCCCAUUGGUUUGGUCUUGCAACCAUGGAUGGGAUCCGCAGCAAUGGCUGCUUCAUCUGUUUCUGUAGUACUUUCUUCCCUUUUCCUCAAACUUUACAGGAAACCAACUUAUGACAAUUAUGAGUUGCGUACCCGAAGCCACACAGGACAGAGGAGUCCCUCAGAAAUCAGUGUUCACGUUGGAAUAGAUGAUGCCUCCAGAAGUUCUCCGAGCCUGGGCUUGCUGGACCGGAUCGUCAAUUACAGCAGAGCAUCCAUAAACUCCCUGCUGUCUGACAAACGCUCCCUGAACAGCGUUGUUACUAGCGAACCUGACAAGCACUCGCUUCUGGUGGGAGACUUCCGGGAAGAGGAUGACACCACGCUGUAAAAGGCCUCAGGGUGCUGCUAGCUGAAGUUCAUGUGCACUGACACAGCACUUAGGUUGUCAUGGAAGGAUCUCAUGUCAGUCUCAUGCUCUUAUGUGCAGGAUUCUACCUGAGUUGUGUUGAUGGCAAAAGUAUCUUUCUCAGGGCAGGAGCUCUGAACCUGGCAUUAUCCAAAACAAAUUCCCAGCAGUUUUUGUUUUACUAGGGACAGAGGGUAGAGCAGCAAGUUUAGAACAAACUCUACAGUUAGAUUGCUGACCUGCUGCUAGUAUGGCAAAUCAUUAUUUGACCAAAAGAAGUGCCCAAAGACAGGAUGAUUAAAAAUGUGAAGAUUUGAGAGCGUGAACCUGAGGAUAUUCUUGAGCCUGUAUCCUUGCCCCACUGGGGAGCAAUGGCUUUCAAAGCACUGUACAGAGCAUCGAGUUUAGAAGGAAAGCAGUUGCAACUGUUUCACAAUGGAUGUGCCUUAUUUCUUGUGGGUUUGCUUUCACCUCAUAACACUUGCAUCCUUGUCCUGUAGUGCCUGAGAGCCUCCAGGAUGGCUUUUGUCAGCUUUCAAGUGAGCCAGCUUUAGGUGGGUUUUCCUUGACUAAAAUUAACUGACCGUAAUCACUUGGAGUGAGGCAGGAGGACUGCAAGUUCAAAGCCGUGCUGGGCUGUAUACACUAAGACUGUCUCAAACCAUUUUUGUAACUGACAGUUUUUCUGAAAUCUUCUCUUAUUUCAUUGUGUCACUCAGAAGACCUUAAGGCGUGCAGAGUUCCCUACCCUUCUGUUUCUCUGCUGUUGUCAGAAAUCUCACAUUCUUCCCUCAGUUUCCCUAGCUCUGUGCUGGCUUUCAGUUCUCCUCUGCUGAGUCCAGCUUUGUUCAAAGUGGAGCUUUUCCAUCAGUCCCUGUCUAGAAACUUCACAUGUGAGCCUCUUUCGCUGAAAAAUCCAUCAAAGAUUAACACUAUUAUUUUAACACAUAUGGGCCAUAUCAGAGUACCUGAGUUCACUAAAUUCUUCUUUUAGGAUACAAACACUUGGCUGGUAUAUUAUAAUUUAAUAAAAAUUUAGUUACCUCUUAUGUUUUAGAUAAUUUAUCAAAAUGAUUUUAGAAUACUAUCGUACAAAGCUGCUUUUAUCAAAAUACACAGCAAACUGUAAUAUAGAAAUAAGAAAAUCCCUGAUUCAUGGUAUGUUAUAGUCAAUUAUAUUUUUUUUUCUUGUUCAGAACAUUUGUGCUUGUAAACAAACUCCUACUCUUUUAUUUGCAUGCCAUACUUUAAGCCAAUAGCACAAUGCCUAUGAUACAUGAUUUCUGCCCCCCAAAUGUUCAUUUCUCCUUUUUAGGUCACUGUUGAAUAAAAAGUCCUUUUUAUGGAGCAGAGUUUAAAGUGAAAUGGAGAACAGUUUCCCCACUCCCCCUCUCUUCUCUCUUCUUCCUUCACACACCUACAUGUUUACACUCUUCAGUGCUGUCUUUCCAGAUUUGGAAAAGACCUAACUUCUGUCCAGCUGUCGGAGAGACUUUUGAUGAAGGUGCUAGUAAUCUAGAAAGGCAAACCUGUUUUAUUAUGUUUAAACUCUAUUGUAGACCAAUCCCUAUGCCAUCUUGAGAGUUUGAGUUUGAAUAUUUGUUUCUUAAUUCUAGAGGCCCAUCAUAACAUAACUCAUUGACUCCUAGAAGAAACAGCUAAUACUAGAGAUGUACAAUAGAUUUUUCUUGCUCUGGACCCAAAUUGAGACUAGAAGUCCCCCAGCUCUCAGCCAGUUACUCCUUCUUUUAUGCAUGUGUUAUUGAGUCCUCCUCUUGCCUCCACACAAUGUUAUAGGACAGUGCAAAUAGCAUUUCAGUUUUCACUACCAGAAAAAAAUGUGUUUGAGAGAAGCUCUAUUCCUAGGAGAGCGGGUUCAUUUAGAGAGGGGAUCAAGCACAUUGCCUUCAGUUGGCCACCCACUCUGGGUAAUGAGUUACUGUUGAGAACAGGUUUUGUAAGUGAGUGUUCACAUGUGUGUGUAUACACACAUCAUACACAGAGAGAGAGCAUACAGAAAGAAAGUAGGUUUCUAUUUGCAUCUGUUGUGAGGCUCUUUACCCUUUCCUUGCCGCUCUCCUGUACUCACCCAGCAACCAUUCUCUCUGUCAGAAGGCAUUAUGGACAUUUUGUUGUCCAGUGCUGAUGCAGACUCAGCUAGGGGGCACCUUUAACUUCACUAUCCAAAGAUGCCUUUUGAAUUUAAAGAUUAAAACACAACUAGAGAAUUUACUAUUGUCGUUUUAAAAGUAUAGUUCUUGGUGUGAAGUAGAAAUGUUGCUUUUCCUAUUUUAGUAUCGACCUUUUAGCAAGUUAAAUUUGAUGCCUUAUGAACAAAUAAUUUUAUAUUAUGCUUUAAUUUUUUAAAAAAUUAUUAUUCAUUCAGAUAUACAGAAUGUUUGAAAUAGCACUAUAGACAAGAUGUUUCCAAAAAUGUGAGUGUGCAUAUCUUUUCUGUACACAGCUUAAAAUCAAAAAGAUGUAGUAGAGGAUUUUUCCAUUACUUGUAGAUUCUGUUUUAAAAUUAUUUUUCUUAAUAUUUAUUUUACUCUAUGUUAUUUUCUUUGGAUGAGGCAUCUGGUUACAGGUUAUUCCUUUUUAAAAAACAUACAUUCCUGACAUCACUCCUUUGGAUUAUUUUGUUUUCUGUAUUUAAAAAACAAUUUAUUUACCAAAUAUAAAAAUACAGAUCUAUACCAAAUCAUUGCCAACUUUUAAACUGACUUUCUUAAGUCCCUUGGUCUGGUAUGAGUAACCAGAUAAAACAAAAAGCAUGAAGUCUUAUUUCUCAAUCACAUGAGCUUUUUAAUGACAUUGAUAAUAAAUGCCUUUUGUAGCCAGAACCAGGUGUCUCAACCUUGUGUUUUUAAAGAAAUGUUUAACCACGUAUUGUAAAACUUUGGUUAGUAUCCAAAACAGGAGCGGACAACUUUGUGCAAUAUUUCUUUGCUGUAGUCUAGUUGGUUUUUUCUCAUGCGCAUGUAAUUGAUAUUCUGCCGAAGAUGUGCCUUCAACUUUAUAAUUAUAGUGUUGUAGAAAAACAA